ACAACUCGUUUUGCGCCUGCGCCGUUUAGGGGGCACGGGCCGUAUUAUGAUCUGCGCUUGCGCACUUUCGGGACUCGGCGGUUACCAUGGAAUCGGAAGGGGCCUACGAGCCGGGCUUCGUGGGGAUCCGUUUCUGUCAGGAAUGCAACAACAUGUUGUAUCCAAAAGAAGACAAAGAGAACAGGAUCCUUCUCUACGCAUGCCGGAACUGUGACUACCAGCAGGAAGCUGACAACAGCUGCAUCUAUGUCAACAAGAUCACACAUGAAGUUGACGAACUGACCCAGAUCAUCGCUGACGUUUCUCAGGACCCAACUCUGCCCCGAACAGAGGACCACCCCUGUCAGAAGUGUGGCCACAAGGAAGCCGUAUUUUUCCAAUCUCACAGUGCAAGGGCAGAGGAUGCCAUGCGGCUGUAUUACGUCUGCACAGCCCCACACUGCGGUCACCGCUGGACUGAGUAAAGAGCUUGGAGGGGACAAGCCAGCCAUCAGCAAGGUGCCUGUUCCGUCUUACUUGGGAAUGGCUUCUAGCCCAGAGGUUCCUGCCUGGGCUUCUAGUCUCUCUGAACUGUUUGGAGUCUGUCAAUAAAACUUGGUUUAUUUUUUGAAAGAAGAGGUGGCGUGCGCCUUGCCUGGGCCACCUGCACAGAUUUUCUUUCUGUCACCAGGCUUCGGGUUUGUAUUACUCUGGCAGACUCCAGGUCACGAGUGAGUGGCUCGGAGCACUUGUGGUGGGUGGCUGGAUCCCUUGUUGAAGCUCAUGC